UUGGGGGGCGGAAGAAGGGAAUUAGGGUUUCCUUUCUCGCUUCCUUUUCUGGGUUGCCGACCGCCGUUGCGCUUCUUUGGGUGGAAGGCCGGCGACUUGUCAACCCAUCUCAGCGUUGAACGAAUCUGAAAUCUGGGAUACCAGCGUCUGAAGAUCGGAUCGAUUAUCGGAGAAGCCGAUUGCCGGUUCUUCGGGCUGUUUGCCGAUCGUUUUCUUGGAUAUUUUGUGGAGGAAUCUGUGUCUGUUUGGUGGUCGACGUAUUUUUGGGUUUCUUUUUUGUUUCUCUUCUCGUUCUCGAAUCACUGAUCGAGCUGUGGGAACGGAUCGAAAGGUUUGAGAUAGAAGGUUGUUCAUAAGGUCGAGCACAAUGUCUCGUUGCUUUCCAUAUCCACCGCCUGGGUUCUUGAAAAGCAAUAGCGGAGGAGCGGUUUAUGAGGUGUUGAAAGAAAAGCAGAAGGACAAAAAAGAGAGGAAGAAAGAGAGGAAGCACAAGGGUGAUAGUGAACAUGGAAUGGAUAAAGAAAAGAAGCAUGAUAAGCGUAGGAGGCACAAACAUGAGAGGAAGGAGAAACUGAAAGAUGAAGAUCAUGUGGGGAGGAUAAAGGAAGAAACCGAGCAGAUUGAGAAGAGCUGUCUUACAGAAGAACAUGGGCAGCCUGUUGGUACUCAAAAUUCGCCUGACUCUCUUGACAGUGUCGGUUACAGAGGCAAGCGACCUCUCGACUCCUCCAGCUGCCCAUGUGAGCCCCCAUCUCACAAGAAGCAGCGAACCACUUGCGAUGCCAUUGGCACCCAUGGAAAAGGACUUUGGAUACGGUUGCCUAUCCUGAAAAACAGUGAACGGCAGCAAUCGAGCAAGCAGGCUUGUUCCUCUUCGAGCACGCCUGUUACGCCAGCCCAAGUGCUAGAAACCUCUUCCUUCAUUCAACAGAAUGCUGAAAUUGCUGCUCAGAGUACGGAAAGCCAAUGCAAAGGCUCAACGAGCUUUCGCCUGGAAUUACAAGAUGGAAAGGCUGUUGGUCACUCUUUUGAAGCUCAAAUUGAAGAAAGGGCUGGUGACUAUUACCCCCCCUUGCCGCAGAUGCCCAGUGAGCUGAUAGAGCCUGAUGAUCUAGAGUGGCUUUUCGGGGGCGGCGGCCAAGGUGCAGCUAGAACUUGCGAGGCUCAGAGAGAAAUCGGCUAUGGCGCAGUCUGGUCGCAGGCGUGUUACUUGCCAUCAGCUGAAAUGCAUGCGCUGCCAUAUGUGAUCCCAUAUUGAGUUUGUGGAGGCACUAAUUUGCCUUGUAAAUACUUUGAGCGGGAACUUGGACUUCUCAAGGGUCCGUUGUACUGGGUCAUGUUUUUCCCCGUUUACGUGCCCAGUGCGGUUUUUUGGUGCAUUUAGUCGUGGGAUAGGCAUAAGAAAGUGUACAAAUCAGGAACUUUGUAGCCUAAUUCUUUUCUCUUAAUCAAGUCAAUUUGGUAACUUUUAGCUUCAA